AAAAAUUUCCUUUCCGUGGAUGUUUGGUGCAGGAAGUUUGAGUGAAAUCGACAUGGAAUUUUGAGCUUGUCAGCAUCAUUCGCUUUUGAAAAAGAUCCCGCGAACGGUAAUCUCCUCCACCCAAGAUGGCGUCUAUGACCUUUGGACAGAAAAAGUUCAUUCCCACUGCCCCGGAAAAAGGUAGCUUCCCGCUAGACCACGAAAACCAGUGCAAAAAGCUGAUGCUGUACUACAUGCGCUGCCUGCGCGUCAACAACGACGACAACUCGGCCUGCCGUCAGGAGUCCAAAGCCUACCUCCAGUGUCGCAUGGAGAACAACCUUAUGGCCAAGGAAGACUUCUCCAAGCUGGGUUUCGCUGAUCUGGAAGGUGCAGAUGCAAAGAAGAAAGCUAGUGUUUGA